AUGGCAGCCUCAUGUCGUAAGCUUGCGAUAAAAGAUAGUUCAGUGAAUUACGAAGAAAAUACUAUGAGGUCAAAAAAACUUAUAGAAUAUCGUUCUCUGCCCGAUGAGAUUCCUCCAAAUCUUUGCCCAGUUGAUAUUAUUGGAGAAAAAAGGUUUCAUUUGCAACGUAUUGAAAAAUCAACUAAUACAGAUAUGUUUUAUAAUAAGGAUGAUUCUAAGAUCGAAUUAUGGGGAAUACGUAAAGAUCUUGAUCAAGCUCUUAAACAAUUGCAUGUUCUUGCUGAAAACAUUUUAGCGAAAGAUCAAAGAGAACGUAACAAAAGUAGAGUCAAUGGUUGGGUAAAUCUCGAAAAGGCUCUUAACGACAAGCAAAAACAUAAGUUCGAUCGUGGAUCAGCUCGGGAACGUGAAGAACGUGACUACAGAGGCUUUCCACCCGAACAAAAACUCUUCAAUGGGCAUUUUGUUCUUCCCAGUUUCGAAAUACCUAUCGCGCGAAUUAUUGGUGAAAAAGAAGAAAUUUUGCAUCCGAUUCGUGCUGAUACCAAAUGCUAUAUGUGGUAUGAACCAAGCUCUAACCUAAUAAGAAUUGUUGGCGAUACUUAUGAAUCCGUUGAGGAAGCAACGAUGCGAGUCAAGAACUUGUAUAUUAAAGUAGUCACGUCGAGACAAAUUCCUCGCGUUAUUAAGGAUGGAGCGACCAUAUAUAAUGGCUGGAUAUACCAUUUGGUUGAACCACCACAUGAACCUUGUGAAAUUCGAAUAGCCAAUCCACCAUCUUGGUUCUAUUUCCCAUACGAUGUUAAUGGGGUGGUUAAACUUAUUGAACCAGUUUACAAAGGGGAAAGUAUUUCGGUUGUUGGUAAAGAAGGAGCUUUAAAGAAAUUAAAUCCAAACUCUUAUUUCGAUGCUCUACAAAGCAUCCGUGAGUCAAAUGUUAGAACAAUCAAGUCUGCUCUUUCUAAAGCCUUUAUUACCAUCCAUUUAUUAGAUGAAAUAACUAAAAUGCGUGUUAGGUUUGGUUAUGUGUGUUUAACAGAUUUUCCUAGGGAACCAUUAUGGUCUAUUGAUAAAUUUAACAAGAAAAUUCUGUAUGAUUCUCGUUUACGAUCUAAAUUUGCUAAAUGUAUUGCCACCGAACACAAAAAACUCGAUCCUUUAUUCGAAAUUCUUUCCGAGUACGAUCAGCAAUGGGAUGGUUCACCGUUUCGAGAAUUUAAAAUUUGUACAAUUCAUAAAAUCCAAAAAGGUCGCGAUCAAGAAACUUUGCCAUUUUAUUCAAACACAGAAGAAAUAAAUGUAGUUUCAAUAUGUGAAAAAACUCGAUGGAAAUAUUGGUGGGGCACAAAUUAUAUUAUAGAAGUUACAAAGUAUGAAUUUUGGAAAUUAUCAAAAUAUAUGGAUGAUCUCCCAGGAGUUGAAAUUCCUUUGGAUCAAGAACCUCCGUUCAGUGUUACCUUUGGAGUUUCUUUUUAUAAGAAAUCUUGGGAAGAAGAUUUUGCUUUUAACGGCAGUUUAAAUGUUGGUGAAGCGCCUGAGUGGCACCCUUAUGAUAUUAUGGAUGAAGAGCAAACUGGAGGCGUUAACGAUUUCAUGAAUGAAAUCCGAAAUUUCUUGGAAGUACUACUUUUAAUACCAACCGAAAGAAACAAUCAUUCAUAUUAA